GCACCCCGUCCAUCGACAGGCCCUCACAAGCUGAGGGAGUGCCUUCCGCUCAUCAUCUUCUUGCGGAACAGGCUGAAGUAUGCUCUGACAGGAGAUGAGGUCAAGAAGAUCUGCAUGCAGAGGUUCAUCAAGAUAGAUGGCAAAGUCCGCACAGACAUCACCUACCCUGCGGGCUUCAUGGAUGUCAUCAGCAUUGAGAAGACAGGCGAGCAUUUCCGCUUGGUGUAUGAUACUAAGGGCCGAUUUGCUGUUCACCGCAUCACAGCUGAAGAGGCCAAGUACAAGCUGUGCAAGGUGAGGAAGAUCUUCGUGGGCACCAAAGGAAUCCCUCAUCUGGUCACCCAUGAUGCCCGCACCAUCCGCUAUCCGGACCCCCUCAUCAAGGUUAAUGAUACAGUCCAGAUUGACCUGGAGACAGGCAAGAUCACAGAUUUCAUCAAGUUUGACACAGGUAACCUGUGCAUGGUGACCGGCGGCGCCAACUUGGGUCGUAUUGGGGUGAUCACCAACCGGGAGAGACACCCUGGGUCAUUUGAUGUGGUUCACGUGAAGGACGCCAACGGCAAUAGCUUUGCCACCAGGCUCUCCAACAUCUUCGUUAUUGGCAAAGGCAACAAGCCGUGGAUCUCCCUGCCCCGUGGAAAGGGCAUCCGCCUGACCAUUGCUGAAGAGAGAGACAAGAGACUGGCAGCCAAGCAGAGCAGCGGGUGAACUCCAGCUCGGGCCAGCAGUGGUCCUUUCAGUACAUUAAUUAAACCGUUUAC